CCCGGUCAGAUUUUUCUUUCUGUGUGCGUUGUGCCAAACUCGCCAAGUCUCACGUGGUUUGACGGCACGUGAGUACGACGUGGUGAGGGUCACGGGAUGCUUGGCUGCGACCAGCUGCCCUGCGCCAGCUUCGUUCCAAUGGCCUCCCGGGUCCAGGCAUUUUGUAUGUCCUGCCGCACGAACCCGUGGAGACAUUUUUCUCCGUUCCAUUCUUCAAGCUGUAGGAGGUGCGCUUGGAGCCAAUCUACCAGUGAAGCUGCAUGGUAGGGAACCUGGCGACCUGCCACUGAACAUACUCGCCCGAUCUCUCUCCAUUCUCUGUCAACGCUGAUCUGAGCCUCAAUCGGUUGUUCCUGCAUUGGCUUCGAGAUGCUAUGACGUCGUCUUGCAUCCUGUCGAUCUCGUCCCCCUCCCCCUUCCCUGUUGCCCUCCAACAUUGACCUUGUGUGGCUUCUGGACGCCGAGUACCUUUCAACCUCCGAGGUCGUGGCACGACCACUUUGGCACCUCUGAGGGUUAGGUCUCAAAAACGUGUUGGACAUGGCAUCUCCUUCUCGAUCUCACAGGCUCAGCUUGGCCAAAGACUCUUUGAGCGGCAGUACCUUUCUCGACGACCACCUCGAAUACAAAUCGCGCCAAACGGGACCCUCUGCGAGUAUCGAUGGGGUUCUGGAGCAACCGACUCGAGUUCCUCGGAGCGCAGUUUCGAAUCUUUCUCUCUCGAGCGCGUCGAGAAGAUCCAUCAGUGCCAUUCCUCCCUCCCCGAUAAUUGCCCAAGAGAGUGGAACUGUGUACACAAUCUCCCAUACCAAUUGCGUUCCUGAGGCUGGCGAUCCAGCAAGACUUGUCGCGACCAUCUUCUACAACUCGAGCGCGCCACGACAUCCCCAUAUCCACCCAGAUCAAUCUCCUCCUGCCAGACCUACGGAUCCGAUACCGGUUCCAGAGAUCGCGGAGGGCUCUGCUCCGACCACAAGCAUUUCAGAGUAUCCCCUCGAGCCUCCACCGCCCGAACCUGAACCUCUUGACCAUCUAUACGGUGCCUACAUUUCUCAAUUAUGCUUGACGCAUUUUCUCUCUACGCUUGACAGCCUCCUAGUGCACAAUGCGCCGGAGGAGAGGCAGUUGACUUCUUCCCACCGCUGUUUGGCACCGGAUCCAUUCAAACCAAGAGUCAUGGAGGUUACCUUUAGCCCCCCUCCGAAUCCUGAGUACUUGCCAUCCUCCCUGAUCUCCAAGCACGAGUCAAUCUACAAGUUUGAAAGAGAAUGGAAUUGCGAGGUUAUUUUGCAGCCCUCCAAUGUCUAUCGUCGACACAAACGCUUGUGUGUCUUCGACAUGGACUCCACCCUCAUCCAUCAGGAAGUAAUCGACGAGAUUGCAGCCUUUGUCGGAGUCAAAAAGGAAGUCGCUGCCAUCACCGAGCGCGCUAUGAACGGAGAACUUGAUUUUGCGGCUUCCCUCAAAGCAAGGGUGGCACUGUUGAAGGGCGUGCCAAGUGACGUGUUUGAACGGCUAAAGCCCAAGAUUGUGAUCACUCCAGGAGCGAAAGAGUUAUGCAGAUGCUUGAAACGACUCGGUUUCACACUUGCUGUUUUCAGUGGCGGCUUCCAGCCUCUUGCGAAUUGGCUGGCCGGAGAACUGGGACUCGACCACGCGUUCGCGAACCACCUUGCCGUGGACCCAGACUCCAGUACACUGACAGGAGAACUCGAAUCUUCGUAUCCAAUCGUUGAUUCCCAACACAAGCGAAACCUGUUAAUAAGCUUGGCGGCCAAUAAGGGAAUUCCCCUUGUUCAGACGAUGGCAGUUGGGGAUGGAGCAAAUGAUAUUCCAAUGCUCAAGACGGCUGGCCUUGGUGUUGCGUGGAAAGCCAAAUCCAAGGUCCAGAUGGAAGCACCUGCACGAUUGAACAUUGGCGAAAGUAUGCUGGACUUGGCCUACCUGUUAGGCUUGUCAAAGGAAGAAAUCGAUCAGCUGUUGCAGGACUAGAUGGUGGGAUCAUGGAGUGCUAGCGACGCGAACCAACGAUGGAUAGACAGGGUUGAAGACUACACUGGAUCGGCGAGCGCUUCAGCGAGCAUUUAUGCGGUGGGUGCUAUCAUCUGUUUUUGAAGGCGGUGCAUGGCGAGAGAAGAAAGAUGCUCUGGGAGAAGAGCCCCAGCUUCGGAGGAAUGUAUCUGCCGCUCGCACGAUGCGGCUACGAGAACACGAGAUACGAGCAUGCUCUUUUACAUAGUACAAUAAAGCUAGCAGCAUACCCUUGAGAUCCUGA